AUGCUUCAGACAAUAUCCAGUGAUACUGAAUUCAAAAAAAUUUUAAACCAAUUUAUGAUGAAUGAUCCUGAAACAAAAGAUUUUGGAGUAUAUUUUGAACGAAUGUAUGCAAAUAGAGCAACAUUAUGGGCAUAUUGUUACAGAAAAGGACUGGGAGUAAAUUGCAAUAUGCAUCUAGAAUCAAUGCAUAAAACUAUAAAGUAUCAUUACUUAAAUGGAUGUAAAAUUGGAAGAUUGGAUAAAAGUAUAAUGACAAUAAGACGAUUUACGCGUGAUAAAAAGGUAGAAAGAAUGAUCAAAUUGACAAAGGGUAAAUCAACAACAAGAAUUCAAGAAAUAAAAAAAAGACAUGUAACCAGUAUUUCACUUAAUUUAAAAAUAUCCAAGAACGAUGCAAAAAGCUGGAAUGUAGAUAGUGAACAUACACCAAAUUCUGAUCACCUUAAAGAAGCUAUUAAAAAGAUAGAUGCUCUCAAUGCAUUUAUUGACGCAACAACAAAACAAUCUGCGCCAAGUAAAGAGUUCAUUAAAAUAAACAACGAUCCACCUAAUAAAAAAUAA